ACUUUUGUCUCUUUUUCAGCCAGACUAACUAUGUAACUAUGUAAGUCAAGGCACCUAUUAAAAUUAUGGACAGUUCUGAGGCACCCUCUAAAAUUAUGGACAGUCCCGAGGCACCCUCUAAAAUUAUGGACAGUCCCGAGGCACCCUCUAAAAUUAUGGGCAGUCCCGAGGUACUCUUUAAAAUUAUGGACAGUCCCGAAGCACCCUUUAAAAUUAUGGACAGUUCUGAGGCACCCUUUAAAAUUAUGGACAGUCCUGAAGCACCCUUUAAAAUUAUGGACAGUCCCAAGGCACCCGUUAAAAUUAUGGAGAGUCCCGAGGCACCCUUUAAAAUGAUGGACAGUCCCGAGGCACCCUUUAAAAUUAUGGACAGUAACGAGGCACCCUUUAAAAUUAUGGACAGUCCCGGGGCACCCUCUAAAAUUAUGGGCAGUCCCGAGGUACUCUUUAAAAUUAUGGACAGUCCCGAAGCACCCUUUAAAAUUAUGGACAGUCCCAAUGUACCCUUUAAAAUGAUGGACAGUACGAGGCACCCUUUAAAAUGAUGGACAGUCCCGAGGCACACAUUAAAAUUAUGGACAGU